UUCGGCCAUUUUGUAGGCUUCAAAUACAUUUCCAAGUUGUCUAUGUAGUAUUUUUAUAUAUCUGUGGUGUUAACAAUUAAUACGGGAAAUUAGAUGGGCAUCGUAUUAAUUUGUUUACACCAUAGAUAAAAGUAUAGUUUACAUUAUACUACUAUAGACGUAUAUCAUAAAUAUCUUUAUAAUUAUAAUUAUAUAUAUAGUUUAUAAUAUUAUGUCUGACGCCUAUGGUUUACACGGACAAGUCACAAGAUGAUUUCAUUCGCCAUUCUUAUUUCUCAUACACUUGUGUGUAUCAAUCUUUUAAAUCUAUAGCUGAAUAAACAUUGAAUAUUGAGGAAUAUAAGGACGGAAAACUGAAAAUGGAACGUGAUCCUAAUAAAAGAAGAGUCAAACCUCCUGCUAACCCAGAAUUGGUACAUUUAGAUGAUAUAGAUGGUGAAAGUUCAUCUGAUAGUGAUUUCCGUAUUGAAGAUCACUAUGUUAAUAGUGAAUCAGAUUCUGAUAGAGCUUCAAAUUUCACUUUUACUGAUGAUGAUGGUAAUCAAGAAGAAGCUGAAAAAGAUGAUGAUGAUGAUAUUAGAUGUAAUGAUAGUAAUAUGACUACUGAUGUCACUGAUAUUGUGACACCCAAUCAAGAUAAUUCUAGAAAAGUGAAUUUAAGAGAAAUAGUGAAUAAUAUUCAUAUUUGUAGUAUUUGCCUAGGCGAUGCAAGUGAUGACGUAAAUGAAUUAAUAGAUUGUGAUGAAUGCGGUAUAUCAGUUCAUGAAGGUUGUUAUGGGGUUCAUGAUUCCGGAAGUGUAAGUUCAUCUGUUUCAUCCUGUUCUAUGGAACCAUGGUUUUGUGAAGCUUGUAAAGCAGGCAUAGAAAAUCCUACUUGUGAAUUAUGUCCUAAUUUUGGUGGAAUAUUUAAGGAGACAGAUUGUGGAAAAUGGGUACAUUUAGUAUGUGCGUUAUAUGUCCCUGGUAUAACUUUUGGCGAAGUCACAAGUCUCAGUAAAGUUAUGUUAUUUGCAAAUACUACACCUCGAUGGGGUAAUAAAAGAUGUACUUUGUGUAAAGAUAUGAGAUUUAGUUACACUGGUGUGACUAUUGCAUGUGAUGCUGGGAUGUGCCGAUCAAAUUUUCAUGUUACUUGUGCUCAACAAGAAGGUAGUUUAUCAGAGGCAACAAGUCCGGAAACUGACCAAACUGAUCCAUUUUAUGCUCACUGCAAGUUACAUGUUGACAAACUGGUAGCAAAGAAAAGGAAAAGAAAUUGGGAAAUACUACAAUUACGAACAAAACAAAUGAAAUUAUUGCGUGAACAACAGUCUUCUGAAAAAUCAGCUACAUGGCAACGUAAUCAGCGAAGGCUUGAAAAAUUACGAUCUAAGUAUUACGAAAUGAAAAAAAUCAGUAUAACAGAGUCAACAUUCAAAUCAAAAGUGCCUCGUCCAAUUACAACAUCAGCUUCAGCAUGUCGAGCCCUUUGGCUAAAAGGCGGUUUAAUGGGUGUAAAUAUGGCUUCCUGUGAAGCUAUUGAAGGACAAAUAAAGGCAUUACGUGAUGUACCAAAAAAAUGGAAUGUACCUACAACAUUUAGUUUGGAAUUUGUAAGUUAUUUCAUGGAUAGAAAUUUAAGAUUGACAGAUUUGAAAAAUCAGCUACAACAUUUCACCGACCAAAACAACAAACUCCAUGAUGAACUAAUAGUUAUACAAAAAACAUACGAUCAAGAGUCCAAAAACAAUGAAAUUCAAAAACAAAAACAUUUAGGACUCAAAAAUAUUAUUACAGCCUACCAUAACGUCAUUAAACUUUGCAAUCCUAAUGCUAAUAUUUUAGAUGUAGAUAUACUUACUAGAGAAGUUCCAAACGAUCAUAAUUCUUUUAUAAUAAACAGUUCAACUCCUACUCCUGCCGUCUUAAAAUCAGGUAUUGGAAUCUCAAUCAGAAAUAAUGAUAAUUUAGAAAUUACAGAUAAUGUGGCACCAUUAGGUUUGUACAAUAAAUGUGGUAUUUGCGGUCGUACAAAUGAUCAACAUUUGCUGGCAAAAUGUGACACAUGCUAUUUAUACUAUCAUUUGGGUUGUUUAAAUCCACCGUUGACUAGAAUGCCUAAGAAAACAAAACUAUUUGGAUGGCAAUGCAGUGAGUGUGAUAAUAGUAAUUCUAACUCUGAACCAGAAACAGUUGAUCCAAAUGCUCCUAGAAAAUUAAGAUAUGGUGGAAGAGAGCGAUCUGUAUCAGACAGUCAUAGAUCUUCAUCUAUUGCUAAUGAUUUACAGGAUAUAAAUAGUCUUACAGAACAGCAUAAAAUGCCUGGAGGAUCAAAGAAAAAAAAACAUGAACGGCACAGGGAAAGAUAUUCUCCAGAAAUAAUAACAAAACGAGUUAAAUCUCGCAAACGCAAACACAAGCAUCACAGAGAUAAUAAUAUUUCAGGAUUGGAACCAGCUAAUGAUUAUUUAGUUAAUGAAGCACCCCGGCAAGGAAUUAAGCUAUUUAUUAAAUCUGUACCAAGUGCUAGUGGAGUUAAGACAACAUCUUCACAAUUACUUAUUGCAUCACCAGUAGAUGAAACACCUCAGAUAUCUACAAAACUUAAACCAGAAAAGAGUGUUGCACCACUCAGAAUAACCACAACAUUAACAGAUAUUAAAUUAACUCCUAAAUGUAACACUUGUCAAACAACUGGAACAAGCAUUACAAUGGUUCAGUGUGAUGAAUGCAGUAAAAAUUUUCAUUUUUGUUGUCUUGAUCCUCCAGUGAAAAAAUCACCAAAAGUACGUGGGUACUCAUGGCACUGUGCUGAAUGUGAUCCAACGGACAGUGACUCUUCUUAAAAAUAUUUGGAAGCACAAAUCUUCUACAUUGUUAACUACCAAUGAUUUCAAUGAUUAUUUGUAUUCAAAAUGGUUUUAAAAUAUUUCUUACUAUUGUAUUUUAAAGUUCAAUUCCUCAUAAUGUAUUAAUAUUAUAUAAAUAAUAUAUAAAAAUAUCAUAAUUUUUUUUUGAUUCAAGUUCAUUUGAGUAUCUAAAGGUAAUACUCAUAUGUUAUUAGUGUACAACAUUACUAUGUAUUUCAAUUUUAGAUUUUUCAAAUAAAACAAAUUAACUAAGUAUGAAAUGUGAAGUACUUUUUCUACUUCAUAAAUUCCAUCAUUAAUUUUAAGAAUACAGAUAUUUUUUGUAUUCUAGAAUAUACAUUAUACUUAUUAUGAGAAACUAUUAAUUUCUUUUUUAAAAUAUGGUUACAUGUAUACAUGACGAUGUAAAUUAGCCAUGUUCCUAUUUAUAGUGGCAUAGACUAUGUACUUUUUGAACCACCUAAAAUGUUGUGUGGGUGGGUAUGUAAAAAUAUUUAUUCAGGAUAAUUAAUACUAUUGUCUAUUACUAUAAUAGUUAGAGAAUAGGUACUUACGUAGUUACCUAGAUAUUAACAGGUUGAUAUUUACAUGAAUAUAUUUAUAAUUUUAAAUAGUGAGUUUCUUGUGGGUGAUAUUGAUGUAAGUUCAUAGUCAGGUUAUAGAUGAAUUUGCCAGCACUAAAUAGGUAUUAUCAAAAUGUAACAUAAUAUUGGGUCAACUUUAUUUAUUUAAAAUUAAUGACAGUUGAUUUUGAUUUAUGAUUUAUAUUCUGUUUUUUAACUGUUUUAAUAAUAUUUUGUGUUAAUAUAAAUAAUAAAGAGUGUACAAUUAGUAAUUUUGCCAUAUUAUAUGCUUUAUGAUAUUGGGGGACAGAGUAGCCGAGCGGACUAAGGAGCCGGUUGUGACGCACACCGACGCUGGUUCAAACCUUGAUCCACGGGUGGCAUUUUUCUUCGGGCAAGUCACGGUGUCUGGAGAGAAAUGCUGCCAUCCCCAACCCGGGCAUCACCAAAAACUCAAAUCUGCCAAAAACUACACACACGUGUUACACCACCUACAGUUCCCUCCCCUACAAACAAAAACAAACAGCUAUUGGCCAGAGUUGUCGGGCUUCACGAUCAAUAAAAAAAAAUAAAAAAAAUACUUAAUGAUAGAACCAAUAUACUUUAUUACCAUUAUUAGCCAUUAGGUUCAUAACCUAUUUACAUUUUUGUGAAAAUUAUAUAUAUUUGGUAUGGUAAAGCACAGAGGCAGAUGGGCCUAAAAAGAACAAUUUAUGAAAUUAUUUCAUGGAUUACGAGUUGUUGAUCAGACUGACGUAUUUAUGUGUAAUUUUUAUUGUUUAUAUUAUAUUCAUUUAAAUGUGUUAAUCAAAAUGAGCGAUGGAAGAAAACGUUAAAGUGGUGUUCUGCUUAUAUAGAAAUUAGAAAAAGAACAAAACAUUAUUUCAAAAACCGGAAAAUUGACUCCUUUUUUGAUAAUCCACGUCCAUCAAACUCCAAUUUGCCAAGUGAAACAGAGUCCAAAUAUGAUACGUUUUCAAAUGAGCCGAGUAAUAACUAUA